GCUGCUUGGCCCGCUCUCGGGCGCAUAAGCCGGGAGACCGUCGAGUUGUGAUCGCUUCCUUCCCCCCCUUCGGUCGUCGCAAUGGUGCGUUCUGGUGGAAGGACUCUUAGCGCUCGGACUCUAAGCUCUGCCAGUUUGCUCGCAGCUCGGUAGAGUUGGCGUUAGGCGCUGGCUCGGGAACCCGGCGGUAGCUCGGGCUGCUGCUUCUGGGCUAUUACUCUGUCUGUGCUGGUGGCUCUCUCACUCUUUCCUCCUUCCCUGUCUCUCACUCACUCCUCCUUUGACAUUUUUACUUCUGAGUAUUUUCUUGCUUGGUAAAUCCAGGUCUAUAAAGGGUUACCACGCCAGUUGAGCCCCCCUACCUGGUGGGCAAGGAGGAACUGCACUCUUGUACCCAAAGCACCAUUCCUGGUGUCAAGAUGUCACUGAAAGUGCAGACGAGUAACAUCACAAACAAGAAUGACCCCAAGUCCAUCAACUCCAGAGUCUUCAUUGGGAACCUCAACACAGCAGUGGUCAAGAAGUCAGACGUAGAGACCAUCUUCUCUAAGUACGGCAGGGUGGUGGGCUGCUCUGUUCACAAGGGCUAUGCAUUUGUACAGUACUCAAACGAGAGGCACGCACGGGCAGCUGUCCUGGGGGAGAAUGGGAGAGUACUCGCCGGGCAGACAUUAGAUAUAAACAUGGCUGGAGAACCAAAGCCCAACAGACCCAAAGGCCUGAAGAGAACAGCAUCCGCCUUAUACAGCAGUGGCUAUGAAUUUGACUACGACUACUACAGAGAUGACUUCUAUGACAGACUCUUUGAGUAUCGGGGACGGGUGUCUCCCAUUCCCAGGGUGGUUCCUGUGAAGCGUCCACGAGUGACCAUCCCUUUGGUACGGCGCGUAAAAGCAACACUCCCAGUCAAACUCUUUGCCCGAUCCACUGCCAUUGCAAACAGCUCUGCCAAAUUAAAAUUGAAAUGCAAUGAACUGCAGACAAUUAAAACGGAGUUGACGCAGAUCAAAUCCAACAUUGAUGCUCUCCUGGGCAGAUUGGAGCAGAUUGCAGAACAACAGAAAGCAUCGGCAGAGGUCAGAAAGAAAGCAGAUGGGAACAAAAGCGAGCUUUCCCAAGAAGACACAGCGUCUGAGGCAGAAAUGAACGUAGAGGAGCCACUCAACGGCGAGGAGGGAGAAGAAGAAGGUCUCCUGAGAGAUGACUGUGACGACGAAUUGGAGAAUAGCCAUUACACAGAUGUGGAGGACUCCAGCCUACAGUAACUAGCAUAAUCAGCGCAACAGCGAUGAAGAGAGGGAGGAGAGCAAGAGGUUCAAUCCUGCCUUGGCAUGUUGAGCCAGAUAAGCAUAACAUGCAGGACUGCCAUCAUCUCUCUGCCUGGCAUUCAAAAGGAGAAACAUGGACCAAUCUCUCCAAGCCGUUUUGUAGUACACAGCAAACUAGCCAUCCCAGUGGAUCCUCAUCAAUGCCCAUCAAACCCACCCUUGUACUACAGACUUAGAGCCCUGCUGCCAGCACAAGCACCCGUCGUUCCAUGAUCUCAACAGCCGAUAUUGGAACUGAUUUCUUAUACCUGGAAAGGAAAGCGAGAGAGAUACUAUAUAAAGAGCCUUGCUCCUGAGACACGAUGAGGACAGGAUGCAGAAAGUGAAGAGAAAGAAAACUAUUUCACUAUGUACAAUUUACAGUUUUGCAUUUGAAAUCCAGGUCAUGACCGGGAUAGCCAGGGGUGCCUCCUCCUAGUCCAUUUACCUCCUCCUAGGUAGCUUUAGUCCCGCUCCACCCUGCAGACUAUGGCAUUUCAGACAUGCCCUUUGUCAUUCGUGGUGUGCCCUUUGGAAAGAAGAACAGAGAACCUGGCUAUUUACAGACCAUUCUGUACAGGAGCAACAAACCGCCUUUUCUUCAUCCAGUUUCCUAAGCAUCAGCAAUGGUGAAGACAGGUGGUAGGUCUGUACUGUACACACGUGUGAGUAUGGUGUGAGGUUACCAUAGAGGAUACAAUAAGAGAUAAGCAUUUCAGAAUAAGGGAUUAUUGGAGUCUUUGCUUUACAGCCCAUGCGCUUCAUCAAAGUUCCAUAAGCCAUUUAUUUGCUCUUUAUAAAAAUAAGGUCAAAUCAGGUCCAAAAGGGAAGGUAAAAGAUGAGAUGGUCAGAUGGCAAUCCGUCCAAAAAAACAAGACUCGUAUAACACCUGAAAUCAAUUGCAUUUCCGAUCUAAGAGAGGAAAAACAAUUUCAUUUUUGUUUAAGGAUAGAGGCCUGAAGGUUUCCUGGGGUAGCUCAGCCAGUAGAGCAUGAGCCCCAUGUUGGGCAAAAGAUUCCUGCACUGCGAGGGGUUGGACUAUAUGACCCUCAU